AUGUUUAAAAAUACAAUAUUGCUUUUCUUUGUAAUUUAUGCGCAAGGAGAAAAGCUAGUUUGUCAACGUUAUAAUCCAUCUGCUGAUUAUUCACUUCAAGAGAAUAAUAGUGUUUCAAUUGGAUUACAAAAGUGUAAUGCAUGUUUAAACAUUGCUGUUAUUGGCGCUGGUGUUUCUGGUUUAGUAACAGCAGUAGAAAUGUCCAUGAGUGGUCACAAAGUGACGAUAUUUGAAGCUAGUGAUCGUAUAGGCGGACGAGUGAAUACAUACCGAAGUAAAGAUGGAAAAUUCUUAACAGAACUUGGUGCUAUGCGAUUUCCAUUAGACCAUCAUACAAUGUUAAAAACAUAUUUGUCGAAACGAUAUAAAAUACCCAUUGAACCGUUUAUUGAAGAAGAUCCGAACACAAUAAUGUAUAUAAAUGAUAUAUUAACAACGUCUGGUCAAGCUCAAAGAAAUCCGAACAUAUUUGAAUAUAAUGUAAAACCAAGUGAAAAGGGAAAGACUCCCACGGAGCUUUGGGAUAAGGCAACCAAACCAAUUGUCGAUAUGAUUCAAAAUCAUGGUUAUCCAUCGGCAGUUGAGAAAUGGGGAUCUUAUAGUGUUGAACAGUAUUUAGUUGAAAGUGGCCUAUCACGUGACGCAAUCAAUUAUAUUUCAUUAACUCAAGAUAUUGAAACACUAUUGUAUACAUCGGUAAUUGAGUAUGUGCGAAUUUUGAUGAUUUUGAGCGCAAAAACAAAAUUUUCUAGAAUAAAAGGUGGAAAUGAUCGUUUUCCCCAUGCUCUUGUUGCCAGUUGCCUAAGUAUACCAGGUAAUCGGUGUUCAAUAAAAAAACUUCUAAUAACAUAGUUUGAGCGAGAGCAAAAUAAAAAUCUUAAAAUGUUUCCGAAUCGCCUUCGAUACAUUUAUUUUUGAUUAAUUUGAUUUCAUUUUG